UCUUAAGAGUAUAUGAAUAUUGAAUUUUCUCUAAAACACAAAAGGAAUAUGUUCUUGUCAUUUUCCAGUUUGGUAUGCCAAUCCACAUAAUAAGGCAAAAGAAAAUCCAUUUGUAUCAGAAAUAUCUGGAUAAUCUGCCAGCUCAGUGUAGAUUAAAAACUUGCUACUCAAGUGCUUUCAAGACCUGUUGCAUAAGUGUAACCCUGGGCUGUUACGAGAAAUGAAGACUCUCAGGAGCUGCCCCCAAAACCGAAACAGAAUCUAAAGCUUUUCAAGAUAACCAGGUGAUUCAUGUGUAUAUAAAAAUUAGUGACGCUGUGAACCACACUUGAUCUGAGCCUUGAGCUCUACUUCACUGUUUACUAUGAGGUUAACCUUGGAAAAAUUUCAUGUUUUAAUAUUUGAAAAAAUGGGAGUAAUAUGAACAAUGAUUGUAUUUUGUUAAGCAUAAAGUAGUAGUACAUAUACACAUGUGUAUACCUAUUUAUAUAAAAUACUUAAACCUUCUUGCUGUUUUCUUAGAUUGACUUAAGUGAGUAAAUUAUGAAGAUACAUGCUGAAGCCACAGAAUGAAAAUAAGUUAAGAGACUAUGUAAUACUCUCCAAAGACUGUGUGUGACAUUCAUGUGGAUCUGAUCUAUGCAAUGGUCUUGUCACAGGAACAGUCACACAAGAUACUAAGAGGAGCUGGAAUGAGAUCAACAACUAUCUACAUUUAAACAGAUGUUAAAGUUCAGUUUAUGCUAUUCAAUUUAUUAUUAUUAAUGUCUAUUAAAAAAUUAAAGUGCCUAAUAUAAAGUAUGCAGUGUCAGGUGUAGAAAGAAAUAUGAACCAAAAACAUCAAAGUUGCUGUGAAGUUUUGACCAUCAUGAAUUGCAGAAUCAUAUUUCUAGUCCUUGUUGAGUAGUCUCUUGCCAUCUCCACUGCUUACUUUCUGGGGUAGAUGAAGUCAGGCUUAUAGUUGCUAAUUAGUCAGGAGUUUUAGAAACCUCAACCAAGGAACAAGACUUCAACAGCAGAAAAGGUUACUUCUGUAUGUUUACUUGAUCAUAGGUAGAUCUUCACAUAUUGGCAAUGGGCAUAGGUACUUCCAUCCUUCCCAGUUUUAUUGUAUUCUAGUCCUACACGUUGUUGAAGAUAGCUGGAUGUCAGAGUUUCAAGCAAACACUCCUUAUAAUUCAUUCUUAAAAAAUCAAUUGUUCAGGUAAUAUGUAACAUGUAACAUUUGUUUCUUGGCAGUGAAUAUAUUUUAUAUUAGAUCUUCCUUUGACAUACUGAAAGUGGAUGACAUGGAUAAAAUUAACCAGACAUUUGUGCUAGAAUUUCUUCUUCUGGGUCUUUCUGGAUACCCAAAGAUUGAGAUAGUUGACUUUGUUCUAAUUCUAAUUAUGUAUCUAGUGAUUCUAAUUGGCAACGGUGUUCUGAUAAUAGCAAGCAUCUUUGAUUCCCAUCUUCACACCCCAAUGUACUUCUUCCUGGGAAACCUCUCUUUUCUGGAUGAGCUUAAUCUCAAAAAAAGGAACAUUUCCUUCUCUGGAUGUGCAGUGCAAAUGUUCUUAGGAUUUGCAAUGGUGUCAACAGAAUUGCUUCUUGGCAUGAUGGCUUUUGACUGCUACGUGGCCGUCUGUAACCCUCUGAGAUACCCCGUCAUCAUGAGCAAGGUGGUGUAUGUACUGAUGGCUUCUGUGUCAUGGCUGUCUGGUGGAAUCAACUCAGUUGUGCAAACAUCUCUUGCCAUGUGAUUGCCUUUCUGUGAGAAUAAUGUUAUCAAUCAUUUCCCAUGUGAAAUAUUAGCUGUUCUCAAGCUUGCUUGUGCUGAUAUAUCCCUCAGUAUUAUCACCAUGACAAUAUCAGAUAUGGCAUUUCUAAUUCUUCCAUUGCUGAUCAUUUUUUUCUCCUACAUGUUCAGCCUCUACACCAUCUUGAGAAUGAACUCAGCCACAGGAAGAUGCAAGGCUUUUUCCACCUGUUCAGCAUAUCUGACUGUGGAACCAUGUGAAAUAGGUAUUCAUCUGCUUUUGCAAAUGAAGAAUCUGAGCCUGAAGGAAGAUUAGCAACUUACUCAGGAUUUUACAGAGCUUAAAAAGACACAGACAUGAAACUACCCAAGAAUAAUUUUAGAAGAAUAUGACAGAAAUUAACAAAUGCAAAAGAGAAAAAUUCACACUGAGUGUGAAGUAUUGUCACAGGCUGGGUUUCUCCAGAAGGUGACUGUAAGACUGAGUUUAGUUUGCUGAAUGCUUAUCAAGGAGCUUUCCUGGGGACAAUCCCUGUAGAAGGGACGAAAAGGAAAUAGGAUUGAGCAGAGAGAAAGGUCAAGCUAAGAAUUAGGACCAGUGACAACCUUCACCUACUCCAAAAGUUUCUCCGGAGCUCGAAUACCGCUUAAGAGUUGUCCUGAGUUUGGCCAAGAUGGCCAGGCCUCUGUACAAUUUUAUCAAUCAUUCACUGGAUGUGAUUCCCAAACCUUGAGCAAGGUCACUCCCUGCAGCUAAGAUCAACCCUGAAAGAGCGGACAGCUGAAGCCUGUCAGCCAGCAGCACUUCCAACAAUUGGGGCCAUAGUCCUGCACUGAAGGGAGAUCCGGGGGGACAUAUCAUAGUGUCCGCCAAAUCCACCCUUUGUGCAAAUAGCAUCCAAUUUCUCGAUAAACAAUCUGCAAGCAACUUCCAUAGGAUUCUAGCAGACCUCUCUUCUUAAAUGAACUUUAUAGCGGAGGAAAGUUAGUGGGACAAACUACAGCCCCUGCAGCGGAUCUCAGAGCCACAGCUGGUACUCAUUGUCUCCCUCACAGCAGACCAGCACUCUCCAUUCUAGAGGCACCAUCGGUAGCAAUAUUAGCUCACUCAGCAGUGGUAAGUAAAAAUCCAUAUUCUUGGGCACAAGCACGUACCCCUUUGCACUGUGUGCCUCUUGUGGUCAGGUCCUGUGAACCAGAAGAGUCAGGGAUGCGGGGCUGCCGAGACCGAGAGCACCCAGGUGUUUCUCAUCCCAGGACUCCCAUGCCGACCCUCAGCCCCCACUCUAUCCCCGAGAUCCUGCAAGACUGGGCUUCCUCUAGGAAGAGUGGUCGUGGCGGCAGCACCUCGGGCCCGAUUCUGCCCUUCUCUGAGCCUCCCUGACACCUAGCGCGUCCCACCGCGUCCUCUCCCUGCCCCUCCAGCAGGGCCCCUACUUACUCCCCGCUAAGCUACAAAGCGCACCCUGAGGGCUCCUGUUUGCCUUCCUGGGAAGCGCCACACUCCACCACAUUGCCCCCACCAGGCCCUGGGCCCGGCCCUCAGGUGCCACUUGGGUUAUUCAUAAGAGGGGAACGUUUGCUGACGGGGAGGCUUGGGAGAAGGAGCCAGCUGCCCCACCGCGGGGUGCCGGCGGUAGGGCUGAGUCAAAAGGAAGAGCGGUGCUCAGACGCCAUUCUGGGGAAGGCUCGAGGAGCAGGCAGCGACGGUCUCCUGGGACGAACUCAAGACCCCUCGCAGCUGCUGGGAGGAGAAGCUGCCCCGAGGAUGCUCUAAGCCCGUGCUGUUGGAUUGCUGCGGCGGCAUUUGACCCUGCUAGAGGAAUAGUUUCACAGGAUUGGCGCUACUUUUGGACAGUGGGGGAAACCUGUACUCUAUUUUUCAAAAUCUUUCAAAAAGGCAAGUGAAAGAAAUGAUAGAAAUGUGAAGAGCUAACAUGAUCAAAAAUGUUGUUUUUAUUUACACCAAAAAUAAGAAAGGAGUUGGAAAAGUCAUUC